AUGAUUCUCGAUAUAUUGUCUUACUUUGGGAUCUCCUUUGGCUUUAUAUUUCUAACAUUAGCCAUUGCCUCCGGGUUGUACUAUCUCAGUGAGCUUGUGGAGGAGCAUUCGGAACCAACAAAGAGAAUCUUGCAAAAAAUCACCUAUUCAGUAAUUAUAAUAUUAAUAUUGUUGUUUGUGGUGGAUGGCUUUCCACUAUGGCUUAUUUUAUUUGGAAUUGGCUUGAACAUAUUGUAUCUAAGAGAUUUGAAGAAGUUCCCAUAUUUAAAUUUGGACGAUUAUGAAUUUCUUCUUUCGUUGGGCCUAACUCUAUUAAACCACUAUUUAUGGUUCAGAUAUUUCAACAACGUGAACAAGAACAUUCCUUCAAUUGAAGAGAGGAUGAGAGCUGACUACAAGCCGCCACAUAUUCCAUCAUUCAGUGAAAUAUCGAGUUUUUUUGCAUUGUGUGUAUGGCUCAUUCCUUUCUCCUUAUUUGUUUCCCUAUCUGCUGGUGAAAAUAUACUACCAAUUACUAGCACAAAUGAUCCAGUUUUCAGAAAAAAGAGUGUAGGUUUACUAAAGGUCCUUAUAGCUAAAUUAAGAGAUUUUUGUAUUGAGGUGUCUAGAACUUUGGGAAUAAAAUUCGGUUCUAGUUCCAAUAGGCAUGAUAGAUAUGUUUAG